AUGAGUUUAAAGGAGGAACAAGUGUCCAUUAAGCAGGACCCAGAGCAAGAAGAGCGUCAACACGAUCAAUUCAAUGAUGUUCAGAUCAAGCAAGAGCCGCAGGACCAUGAUGGGGUGGACUCGCAAUAUACGAACGGUACGCAAAAUGACGACAAUGAGACAUUUGACGCAGCUGAAUCCGGCGUGAAGGCGGAAUCCAGCCUCGGUAUGGGCAUCACCUCCUCUCAGAGCGAGAAGGGUCAAGUUCUGCCUGACCAACCAGAGGUUAAGUUUAUUCGUCGUCAAAUCAAUGGAUAUGUAGGGUUUGCAAACUUACCCAAGCAAUGGCAUAGAAGGUCCAUAAAGAACGGAUUCAGUUUCAACCUCUUAUGUGUAGGUUCUAACGGUAUUGGUAAAACAACCUUAAUGAAAACUUUAUUUAACAGUGAUGAUAUUGAGGCCAAUUUAGUGAAAGACCGGGAGGAAGAACUUACGAAUGAUCAAGAGGAAGAGGAAGGGCACGAGAACCAAGCACAGGAACAAAAACACAAGGUCAAAAUUAAGUCAUAUGAGUCGGUUAUUGAGGAAAACGGUGUUAAACUAAAUUUGAACGUGGUUGAUACUGAAGGAUUUGGUGAUUUUUUGAACAAUGAUCAAGAGUCGUGGAACCCGAUCAUUAAGGAGAUUGAUUCUCGUUUCGAUCAGUAUUUGGAUGCGGAGAACAAAAUUAAUAGGCAUUCAAUAAACGACAAAAGAAUACAUGCAUGUCUUUAUUUCAUUGAACCUACAGGUCAUUACUUGAAGCCUUUGGACUUGAAGUUCAUGCAAUCUGUUUAUGAGAAAUGUAACUUGAUUCCUGUCAUUGCUAAAUCGGAUAUCUUGACUGAUGAAGAGAUCUUAAGUUUCAAGAAAACCAUUAUGAACCAGUUAAUUCAAUCUAAUAUCGAACUGUUUAAGCCGCCAAUUUAUUCCAAUGAUGAUGUUGAAAAUAGCCACUUAUCCGAAAGACUGUUCACUAGCUUACCUUAUGCUGUCAUUGGCUCCAACGAUCUUGUGGAGAACUAUAAUGGUAAUCAAGUGAGAGGCCGUUCUUAUCCAUGGGGGGUGAUCGAAGUUGAUAAUGACAAUCACUCUGAUUUCAACCUUUUGAAAAAUUUAUUGAUCAAGCAGUUCAUGGAGGAAUUGAAGGAAAGGACAAGCAAGAUACUGUACGAAAACUACAGGUCUUCUAAAUUGGCCAAGCUUGGUAUCAAGCAAGAUAAUUCAGUUUUCAAAGAGUUCGAUCCAAUAUCUAAACAACAAGAAGAAAAAACUCUACAUGAGGCCAAGUUAGCCAAACUAGAAAUUGAAAUGAAAACAGUUUUCCAACAAAAAGUUUCCGAAAAGGAGAAAAAACUACAAAAAUCGGAAACUGAAUUGUUUGCUAGACAUAAAGAAAUGAAGGAAAAAUUGACUAAACAAUUAAAAGCUUUAGAGGACAAAAAAAAGCAGUUGGAACUUUCCAUAAAUAGCGCUUCUCCCAAUGUUAACCACUCGCCCGUCCCUACAAAGAAGAAGGGAUUUUUACGUUAG